AUGGGAGGACUUCCAGGAGUGGUGUACUUAUCCGACCUUUUAAAGGUGAUUGAUGCGAAACGGCAGACUGGAUUCAAUGGUGAUGAUCCUAAAUCAUUCAUAGACGUACCUCAUCAUUUACUGGCCAAAGAUGGUUUCCCAUUGCAAGGGAAUUGGCGGGAUCCAGCUUGUCAGAAAGAUAUAAAUUCUACAAGGCUAAAAACUAGUGGGUUGUUGCCAUCUGGGGUAAAAGAGGGGUUGAAAUCAGGUGUGAACGAAGUUAUUGACCCACUACAAAUUCCUCCUAAGCUACCAACUGGCGCAUUGAUACCAUCCGGGGUGGAAGAAGCAGAAAUCUUAGGAAAGAGAUUGCCUGGGGUCAAAGUGGUCAAACCCAAGCAAAAUCUUCCUAAUUAUGAACGUCAGCCAAUGUCUUUACCAUUGCUUUAUGACUUGGAGCAGGGUAAGGAAGGAGUCAGGGUCCCAGUUGCUGGGAAAGUACAACGUGGGGCUACAACGUGUCAUUGCAAGCAGGCUGAGAAGGGAAUAGCGGCGCAUAAGGGUGAUGUGUCUUUGGGUUUGGAAGCGUCAAAGCCUGGUGUAUCGUUCAGAAAGGAUUUGGAUCAACCUCAGUAUGCAUCUUCUAGCAAAUCAUCACCUCUCACAUCACUCUCAGUACUGGAAGCAAAGAUUGCCAAUGCUAAUCCUACUUCUGCAGUGAUCAAUGCCAAAGGCUAA